AUGAAUGAAUAUAUGAAAUAUCCUACUUGCUUUUAUGUUUUUGAUUUACAUUUGUGUGAAGAACCUAUAAAUUUGGUGAAAAACCUAGAUUUUACACAAAAUGAAGAUAUUAUUAUUAUAAGUUUAAAAAAUAUAUUUAAAAAGGAGUUGAUAAAUAUUAUUAAAACAUAUAUAGAGAAAUAUUUUAACAUAACAAAGGAUUAUAAGUUUUUAAAUUUAAAAUACACAUUCCAAAGAAAUGCUUUUCUUAUCUUGGUAAAACGGAUAUUAUACAAUGAUGUUGAAAAUAUUUAUUAUAAGAACAUAGAAAUUUACACAAAAAAAAAUUAUGGAAAAAUAUAUAGAAAGAUUAUAAAAUUUUACUUCAAUGAAUAUUUAGAAGAUAAAUUAAAUAAAAAGGAUAUAUUAGAAAAUGAAAAAAAUAAUAGUAGUAAUAACAAUUACAAAACAGCUUUAUAUAAAAAUAUGAUACAACACAAAAUUAAUAAUGUCACUUAUAAUAAUUUUAUAAAUAAAUAUUUUGAAAUAGAUAAAGAUAAUAAACGUGUAAGUAAUUCUUUUUUAAACAAAUAUGAAGUAGAAGAAGAAGAAAAAAAAAAAAAUGAAAAUGAAUAUGAAAAAAUUUCUAAUUGUAGUAGCGAUUCUAGUAGAAAAGGGAAGAGUAUAAUGAAAAAUAUGAGAAUAUCUAGUAAUUAUUCAAUUGAUAAAAGAAAAAAAAUAUUUAUGAAAAAAGAAAUAAAAGAAGAUAUUAAAAGAAAAAAAAAGUAUGAUGAUAAUUCACUAAUUUGCUUAACCUUUAAAAUUAAGAAUGCUAGUUUCUGUAUAGCUUUUUCUAAUUUUGACUUUUAUCAAUAUAUAGAAAAGUUAGACUAUUAUAAAUAUAUUUUUUGUGAUUAUAACAGAAAUAAUAAUAAAGAAGACACUGUUAAUUUUAAUUAUAUGGAUUAUUAUAUAAAAAAUUAUUAUAUGUAUUGUAAGCAAAUUUAUAAUUAUUUUAUUAACAAUAUAAUAUUUGAAACAAAGAAUGAAGAUUUAUAUUUAUUUAAUAUUGAUAUAAUAAUUUUUUUAGGUUUCGACAACUUCAUUUUAUUUAAUUAUAAAAAGAAAAAUAUUUUAAAUAAUAAUUCAUUUUUUUUUGAUCAAAAUAUUACUAUUCUAAAUAAAAAUAGAAAAUAUUUUUUACAAAAAAAGACAUAUUCUACCUUAACUAAAGAAAAGGAAAGAAAAUUAACAUUUAUAGGGUAUAAACUUCCUUGCGAUUUAUUUAUGAAAAUUGAAGUAGAUAUAAUUGAUGAUUUCUUUUAUAAGCAUUUUCAUGAAGUUAAGCAAAAAAACAAAAAUACAAUUAUUUCUUUAUAUCCAAAAGUAAUUGAUUUUAAUUUAAUUCAUACAUAUCAAAUAUAUCAAGCAAAUUUUGAAAUAUCUUAUGAUUAUAAAGGUAAUAGUGAAAACGGUAGUUUCUUUUUUAAUGAUAAAAUCUUUGUAAAUAGUAGCUAUUAUAAAUAUGACAAAAAUAUGUAUAAUAAAGAUGGACAGAACAAAUACUUUGUUAUGAAUGAAGAAAAAGAUUAUGAAAAUAAAAAAGAACUGAGAAAUGAAGAUGAAGAACAAAGAAAUGAGAAAAAAAAAAAAAAAAAAAAUUAUUUGCUAAAUAUUUUAGAUAUGGGUUCAUCAAAGAGAAAAUAUUCCCUACAAAAAAAGAAGGAAAAAAACAUUCACAAUGAAAAAUUUAUUUAUGAUGAGAAAUACUUUCAUGAUAAAAAAAGAAAUAAUUCUAAAGAAUUUUAUUCAAAUAAUGUGAAUGAUGAAAAUGGUAUAAAAAAAUUUCAAGAAAAAUAUGAUUAUAUCUAUCAUAAAAAAAGUAAUAUUUUUUACUUAAAUGAUGAUACUUACUUAAAUGGCAACAAUGAAUUUAGUGAAGAUAAAUUGUAUUAUUCUAUUUUAUGUUUAGACUCAAAAAAUAAUUCCACCAUUCCAAUAAAUUUAUAUUCAUAUUUGCACUUAAAAAAAAAUUCAAUUUUUAAAUAUCUUGAAGAAAAUAUUCGCUUCAAAAAAGAAGGAAAGGAUAAAAUAUUAAAAAGUAAAAACUCCUUAACUAAUGAAAAUAAUUUUGAUAUGUUAAGAUAUGUUUAUAUAUAUCCCUAUAAAGGGGUUAUAAAAAAGAAUUCGAAAAAGAAAAUUCAAUUAAGUUUAUAUGUUGAACACAUUUUAAAUUCGGAAAUAAUUAAUGAUUCUUUUAUUUUAAUUAUUAGAAUUCAUAAUUUUGUAAAAGAUAUGUUUUUGACUGUUAAAUAUUCUCUUAAGAAUAAUAUAGUUAAUUCAUUGCUACAUAGUAGUAUUACAAAUCCAUGCGAUACUAACAAUAAUUUAAAUGAUAUUAAUGAUGAUUCAAAUGAUAUUAAUAAUUUAAAUUUAAAUAAAAAUAAGGGCAAUAUAAGUAAUACUAAUAUAAGUUUGCAUAAUAGAAAAUAUAAUUCAAAUAAAAAAAAUAAAUAUAAUUUAAAUAAUGUAAUAAAUAGUGUAAGUACAAAUAAUAUAAAGAUAACUUCCUUUUUAUCGGCUAAUUUUGCAAAAUUCAUUUUCUAUUUAUUUAUUGUUCUGGAUAAUUAUCAAAAUAAUUUAUUGAAUUACAAAGAUGACACUAUUGAUGAUGUUUUUUAUUUUUUCAGAUUAACUAAUUUAAAUAAUUAUCAUCUUCUUUAUUCAUUUAAUUCUAUUCUUAUGAAUUUACAAAAAAACAAAAGAAUUAAUUUUAAUUAUUUUGUUAAAAAAAGCUUCUAUAUAAAAUAUGACGAUAAGAAAAAAUUAUGCAGUACAUUUUUUAUAGAUGAUAAAAUGCAUAAAAAUAUGAGCAAGAAAUAUUCUGGAUUACCACAUGAAAUAUAUUAUUUGAUUGAAAAAUUAAAACAUAAUGAAAAAAUUGAAAAAAAAAUAUCAAUAGAAUCAUUUUUAUUAUUAUGUGAACAAUUAUUUUAUAUUUUAAAUAAAGAUAUAGCUUAUUGUAAAUUUCUUGACAAUAUAAAAAACAUAUACAGUUAUAAAAUUAGUAAAAAUAAAAAAAUGUAUUUAAUCUUUUAUACUAUUUUAAAAAAUUGUUCUCUUUUCUAUAAAAAUCUUUUUUUAGUUUUUAUUUCUUUUUUAAAAAAAUUAUUUACUUAUUUCAUAAAAUUAUCUAUUCAUAAUUUUUAUGUUUUAGUUUUAAAAAAAACUAACACUGUUGAUAUGAAUUUAUUAAAAAAAAAAAAAAAGCAUUAUUUUCGUUUAUUUCUUGAUGCUUUUAAUUUUUUUCAUAUUUCUUUUUUAAGUUAUGUAUCAACAUUUUUUUUUAGCUUUUUAGAUAUUCAAAUUGCAUUAGAUUUAAUACAUUACUUGCUUUUUUAUUUGUAA